ACAGGCUGCUGCCACGCGUGCGGUGUUUUCCCUGUUGCGGCGUGGCCCCUGUGGUCUAGCAUCGGAGGCGCGGCCCCAAGGCUAGGCCGCCCCAAAAUCCUUCCGAACCGCCCCGCCCGCCCGAACCAGCCAGGGCCGCCGGCCUAAAAAGCCCCCCUUCAAGCCCCGGCUCGCCAGCGCCCCAAAUUGGGCGCCCAUUCGAAGCGCCAUUCUGAAGCCCUCUCAUUGGGGCCGCUUUCGGAGGCCUUUUGGGCAACCCUUGGUGGGCCACAAUGGCGGCCCGGAUGGCCUCCGGAUCACCCCCCCUGGAUUUCAUGCAAUCCCGAGCUAACUAGGCCCCCCAAGGAGGCCUCUGAAGAGGCCUCCGGAAUGGGGUCGGCGGAGGUUGCCCUGGGUCUUUGGAGUCGAUUGACUGGAACAACCACGAAGGUGGUAGCAAUCAUGCGCAACUUUUCUCUGAGAUGGACACGAAGAUAAAGGUUGGCACGCAGACCAACACUUUGGUCGAAGAUUACUUGCAAAUAAGGGAUGCGAAUGACAGUAGUCGUUUUGGUUUUCCUUUUCCUGCUCCCCCCGGAAGUACAUCUGGUGCGGACGCGCAGCAGCGAAAGAACGUUAAAAACCAGUACAACUACGUGGUCCACCGCCAGAGCGAGAGCUCGCCGCAUUUGCCCUUGUUGGCGGCGAGAAAGGGGAUGGAGGAAGCAGGAACAGCCGUGCUCGAUGGUGGUACAACUACAACAGGGGAUAAUGAAGAUCCCAAGAAAAAACGUCCAUCCUUCCAGACGUACCAGAAAACCGCGUUUAAAAAUUCUUCGUCUCCCAGUAUCUAUUCCAAAUCCAACGCGACGAAGUCCGGGCGGAAGAUGCGGCGCCAGGAAAAGGACAUAUCAAAUGUAAAUAUUUCUGGGUCUGGAAGAUUGCAAGGUUUGCCAUGCACAUUUUGUAUGACCCGUGAUGUCUGCGAUGUAUGCCCCAGCAUCACAAAUUUUUUGCGGGUAUCUUGAUGCCUAACCCGCAUGACAAAUGCCCUCUCCGCGGAGCAAAAACUGGACGCCUCUUGCUGCUCAUGCAAUACAGAUUUUUUUAGAUUCCAAAAAUAGCAUCACAAGUUGCAUUCUUCCAGACCCAGACACUUUUGCAAUCCAUAGGACACCGAGCCAGACAACUUGCACGACUUAGAAGAGGAUGUGCUGAAGCCAAAUCAGUUGGAUUUCGAGCUGAAGGAGCAAGAAGAUGGUGGCGCAGCUGGUCGUGAAGAAGACAAAAAUAGGACCCCCGAAGGCCUGGCGGAUGACUUCUUUCACAAAUCCUCGACACGUCUGGCUAGUACGAUGAGGUUGCCGACGAGCGGCAAGAACUCCUCGAAAAACAGUAGAAGUCCGCAAAGCGCGAAGAGUGAGAACAUCAAAAGCGGGGCUGGCAGUGGUUCUGCUCCUGCUCAGCGCAGUCCUUUGAUACUCGCCAAAAGUGCUGCAGCCGAGAACAACAGAGACAGCGAUAAGAAAAGCAGUCCUGGGACGAGCGCAGAGCUUCACGACAAGAAGAACUAUGGCGUUCUCAACUGUUACAUUCUCAACUGUUACAUGGAUUUGCGAUGCAAGAAUGGCAAAACUGAAAGGGGGAAGACUGCGCCCUUUGCAUGACAGAUUUGGCGCAGAUUCUCAUCCUGUUUGGACCUUCGGGAAUUUGUCAUGCGAAGCAGGAGCUUGAUCGUGUCGAUUCUGGUCGGAAUUUUGCAUGGCAAAUCAUGUAACAGUUGAGAAUGUAACAUUUGAGAACGCCAUAAGAACACAGCAUCCAGUAUGGAGUUGCACCGAGUCGAGAACCCGAUGUUCGUAGUACCACAUCAAGAAAGUGAUAACAAUAUGGCGAAACGCGAGGAGACGAAAUCGAAGACCACCUCCAGUGAAGAUGAAAGCAAUUAUCAGGAGACGGAUUCAAUUCACGGGAGAUCUGGUGCUGGUGAAGAGGAUCCUGGUGGCAUUGUUGCCACCAACGUCAACCUCGCCAUUCCCUCCCUGGAGGCGGAACUGUUCCCGACCUCCUCUAUCCCAGAGAAAAAAGCAGGCAGGGCAAAUAAUUUGUAAUGCGAAAAUAAAUGAACAGAGAAUCUGUGGCCAUGGGCGACCUGAUAGCAUGCUGUUUAGGGCACGCAAUACAGAUUUUUUGUUGUCUAUGUCUUUUUUUUGGGAUUACAUGACCUGCCUGCUUUUUGCUGUGUGAUAGUCUCCGACGAUUACUACAAUCAGGAAUUCGACGAAUUCCGAGGGGGGAGAAACUGGACCACAAGCAUGGGCACCCUAUCAAAUGCAAAAGUGUCUGGGUCUGGAUGAAGGAUGCAAGGUUUGUCAUGCACAUUUUGCGUGACUCCUGAUGUCUGCGAUGCAUGCCCUAGCAUCACAGAUAUUGUGAGGGCGUUCUGAUGCCUAUACCGCAUGAAAAAUGCCCUCCCGCCGUGGCCAAAGCAGGCCUCUUUUGCUGUUCAUGCAAUACAGAUUUUUGGAUAAUGCAGACGCAGCAUCACAAGUUGCAUUCUUCCAGACCCAGACAUUUUUGCACUUGAUACACCCGGGGCUGGAACAACAAUUCGGAUCAGGAAUCCGUCGUGGAAUCGCUGGUGUUGAGUAGCCCUGCGUUAUCCAGGAAAAAACACGCAUCCCCAUCCAAUUUGUCAUGCAUAAAUUGCAUGCAGUGUAGUUUGUCAUGCAAAAAAUGGAUGGGGGUGGGUGUUUUUUCCUGGAUAUGCGUCCGACCAAGAUUUGCAAGAGUUGCAAGACGAAUUGGAUCUAUUGAACGAGCUUGCCGAAGAACAAGGACAACAGGACCACAUGGAAACCACAACUGAUCGGAACGAGGAUCAGGAUCGCAACACGGAGAGCGAACAACACAGUCCGGUGGGUUCGAAGGAGAAAGCGCAAGGGCAAAUGGUAGUACACACUUACGAAAACAGUAUCGAGCAGAUGAUGCUGAACAGACAGAAAGAUGUAGAUCAGAUUCACCAAUUCACUAGUGGCGACCUUGGUCGUGAAAUGAAUAACCCAAACGACCCACGACUCUCUGAAGAGCAACCCUCCUCCGCGACGAGCAGCAAAGCAAAGUCUGCCGCAACCACCUACGGCGGUGCCACGGCGGGAACUGCUUCGCGCGCAAACGCUUUGUCGGACCUCGGAACCGCUAGGGAUUCGCAGGCAACGCUGCUGAGUGACGAGGAUCUGAAGCGCCAAACGCCGUUGUUAUUGCCGGAGGGACUCCUGGAUAACGUUGGCGGGGGUGUGCCGCAGGGGGAUAAGGAUAAGAACCCAGCGGGGGAACACCAGGAUGGUCUCCAUGGGAGUUGUACAACCAGCAUGAUCGAUGAGAACAGUGUGAAAAAUAUCCCCCAGAAAAAGACCGACAGGUCAUAUUUGUAAUGCAAAAAUAAAUAGACAAAAAAAUCUGUAUUGCAUGCCCUAAACAGGAUGUUAUGGCCUCGCCCAUGACAGAUUUUCCUGUGUAUUUUUUUUUGCAUUACAAAUAUGACCUGUCGGUCUUUUUCCGUGGGAUAAAAAACGAUGUUGACGAGCUACAAAACUCACCGUCCCGGCUAUCAAAAGGAAAAAUCCCCCGUCCCCAUAUCAAAACGAAACUUCUGAUGCUGGAUUUGAGUACACAAAUCAGCUUUGUAUUGCAGGAAAGCAUUGCAGUCAGGUCCCCAGGCUAGGUAGGGGCGUAUGCGUCUAGUUGUUCAGCAUGGCAAACGGAUUCCCUUGAGGCCCAACAGCAUGACGAAUCGCCUCCGUAAUGGGGCGGAAGCUUCUGCCCUUGCCUUCUUGCAAAACAAAUGUGAUUCGUGACCUCAAAUCAGCAACACAAAUUUUCGAAAGCAUGCUUUUUCAAUAUGGGGAGGGGGGAUUUUUCCUCUCAAUACCGGCGGGAACGGCGUUACCUGCUAGAUCCGCUAUCGGUGUCUUCGCACCAAACGAGCUAUGACAUCGCGAUGAAAAACCGACCGGUUUUGUCACAUUCCUCAUCGAAGUAUGCAGAUGAUGGCAGGAGAGUUUUUUGAGUCAAGCCGGGUGUUCUUAAGCCACAGGCGCUUUCUUUGGUCCCACAGGUUGUAAGUACUUACUUACUUUUGGGGUUCAAAGUCGGUCUCAUGGAAAGUAUUGUCGAGUACAUCUAUCUCAUUGAUUGCAAAAUUUCUUUUUCGUUCUUGCCCGCCCGCCGAGCUACCAAGCCGCCCUCAAACGCGAAGCGCAGCUUUUUCGGGUUUUUCUUGUCAUUUUGCAGCGCGAAAGUAUCGCCAAUUUUCAAAAUUUUUGCAAAAUUUUCUUUUCGUUCUUCGUCCGCCCGCCGAGCUACCAAGCCGUCCUCAAACGCGAGGCGCAGCUUUUUCGGUUUUUUCUUUGCAUUUUGCAGCGCGAAAGUAUCGCCAAUUUACAAAAUUUGGCUGAAUUUCUGUUCCGAUCUCUGCCGCACGCCAAGCUACCAAGCCGCCCUCACAUAGGUCGAGCCGCACUUAUUUUUUGUGUGAUUUUGCGGCAGGGAUCGCGAAUUUUUUAGAUUGCGCCAAAUUUUCUUUUCGAUUUUUUUCCGCGACGGUGAAGUGAAGAUGAACAUGAACGUGAAAGACUUUAUAUAAGUACUGACUGGAAAAACAUUCUCCCUCCAUAUCGCAGCACGGAGAAGCAGUGGUGGAAGCAGUUGGACCGGGACGCAGCGCCGGCUCGACGCUUUACGACAGCAGCAACAUAUGCAAGGGAAAUCCUUACCAUGUGAUAUCGGGGUCUGGAAACUUUGACUUUGCCAGUAAUAUCUCUAAGAAUAAUAGAGAAACUACGCACUCUAGUAGAACGGCUUCCAUGACAAUUGUUUUGAAGGAUCGCGCGCAAAAAUGCGCAACAGUCUUAUGUCUCUGUGCCGCGCUUUGUGCAUUUUUGUUUCAUGAUUCGACGUCCGCAGUAGUCUGGUAACCAAAUGCGUGCGCGCGCGCGCGCAGAGCGCGCGCCGGCCCACGAAGCCGGCGCGCGCGCUCUGCGCUCUUGCGAUAUUGCUUAGCAAACGCAGCGCGAAGGCAGUUGCCGUUACCAUAUAGGGCAACCGCCGGGAGGCGUGAAGGUCAGGGAAGUCGGGGGAUACAGGUGCGGGGAAGCUCCGCGGAAGGUGCGCGGAAGCAAAGUGCGGCCAUCCGCAAAAAACAGAGAAAAAACGCGCCGGAGCAUCGGGGGAAGCUGAAAAAUCAGCGUUUUUCCCUCUGGGCCGCAGCUGUAUCCGAAAAAAAGACUACGCAAAAUUUCGAAUCCUCGGUGCGAUGCUCGUCGCCGAUUCAGGCUUUCGGACCUGUUCGGAGACCCAGGGCCGAUGCCACGGCGAAAAAAAGCGGGAAAAAAACGCGAAAAAGAUGCCGACUGUAGGCGGGGGAAGGGCGUCGUCGAAUUUUGUGCAGAACCGCCCGCCCGAUGGGUACCCGGAAAAAAGGAAAAAAACGGAAAAUUUUGCGAAUUGCAAACAGGAUGGGCAGACGCCGCCCGGAGGGGAACUUGGAAAAUGUGCGGAGGCCUUCCGCCGCUAAGUCUCCGGAAAAACAAGAAGAAAAUGCAAAAAAACGAAAUCGCUACGCCGCAUUACAAACUGGCCACCGAGGGCGGUUCGGGGGGCGCGCACUUGCGUCAUACCCUCGCGAUUGGAAAAAAAAAACGGCGCUGGCAUCGGGCGGAGGCAUGUUACAAAAUCCCCAUUUGGCCGGUGUUGUGGGCACCAAUUCGGGACCUCCGCCGCAUCUGAAAUGGACGACUUUGGUGGCCCGGAAGGGCUGCCGAAAAUGACAAAAAUUGCGAAACUUUUUGAAAUUUGUGUUUUUUCCGAGCCAGCUUGCCGUCGUGCAUAACAUUAUGCGCGACGGCAUAGUGGCCUCCAAAAAAUUGCAUGUUUUUCAAGGGGCAUCGAAAGGAUGCCCCGCUGCGAGAUGGCCGGACUUCGCCUUCAAUGCUUAUCGCAGGAGCCCGCGGGCCGCCGCGGGCGACAGUAGAUAAGGGCCGCGAGCACAACUGCGGCCCGCGACUCAAGAAGAAGAAGCGGGGUUCUAAUUAAAAAGAAAUGGUGGUGGCAGCCGCGCGGCGAAAGCGCGGCCCGCGCGCUGGUUAGAUUUUCGCGCACGCAUUUGGUUACCAAUAUCGCCCUCCGGGCGCGAUCUUCAUACAUUCUUUCGGGUGGAGACCCAGGAGCUACAUCAUUUGUUUCCUUUGCAGUGCAUAGAACAGGACGAGUUGCAGAACAGCACACUUGUGGUUCAGACCAUGUACAGAGACGAAGAGGACGGGCAGCAUUCGGACGCGACGGAUUCGCCGCUCUCUACUCCGUCAAUCAGGAUGGGGUCGUUUUCCCGGUCUAACCUCGACCAGUCUUUGCUUCACUCCGCGCACGGCUCUUCGGGGGGCUUGAUCGCCGCCGCAAAAAAUUCCGCACUGAUGAAAUCUGCGCUCCGAUCGGGGGUUCAUUCCCCCCCGGUUGUCGUAGACCCAAGCACCAUAUUCGCCGCGAGCUCCAACUCUGCGUACCGGCAACAAUUGCUCCGGUCCGCAAGAUCCAUGCCUGUGGAACGCGUCCGGUCGCAUCCAGGCUUUUCGUCCAUCGAACCGCACAACAGCCGGAUCGGGAUCCCGCCUUUUCUGAACAAUGUCGCGACCACAGGCAACACAGGAGGUUCGGGCGCUUUGGAUUUCAGCAAAAUGAAUAAACGGGGCACCUCCGGGAGUAACCGGUAUUUCGCGGACCAUUUACGGAACAAAUCUGGCCCGCACCAGAAGCGGUUGCCCAACCGGUACUUGGUAUUGCAGGACGUGACGCAUAACAUGCUGUUGCCCUGUGUCUGCGACAUCAAAAUUGGACAGCAAACCUACGACCCGCUGGCGAGCGCGUCAAAGCGCAAGAAGUGCAUCGAAAAGUACCCACUGCAAGAGAAGUUGGGAUUUCGACUGGUGGGGAUGAAAUACACAAAAGUGAUGCGACUGCAUUUCAAAAACGAAGAUCCAGGCACAGUACAACAAUGCAAGGAAGUUGCUAGCGCUGACAGAGAGAAGACUACAUCUUCACCCGAAGCUAGUACUGCGGCCGUCGAGGACAUCACCAGCAGCUCAGCUAAUGACGGUGUUGAAACAGGCCAAGGCAAAGGGACAGCAGAAGAAGAAGGUCCUAGUCACAAACAUGAUCUUUCCAACCGUCUAGAAAAGAUUUUCCGGGUGAGUAAGAGAGACAGCAAGUGGGGUCUUCGGCUGAACGAGAAGACGGUGCUGCACGGCCUGGAGCUGUUUUUCAAGUACAUCGAAGCCGUGUCGCUGAAGAAAGGGGUCGUAGUCCAAGAUCAAGAUCAGCACGGUCUGCACGCAGCCGGGGUGAUGUUAAAUGGCGAGAAGCCGGUCGCGCAGGAGGUCGUGCACCAUGACGUGCACAUUCCGGAUGAAACGGAUGAGAAAUUGCAGUUGGAACUGCGCUCGAAGAUGCUGCAGAAGUUUUUGAUGCUACUCGAGGAGAUCUACGAAAUUUUAGAAUCCCCGACGUCCGGGGAGGUAAUCAGCAAGGACGUGUCAGGGGAGGAGAGUGAGGUCGUGUCAGCAACUUCUGCUGCGGGCGGAACGACGACCGGUGCAACCGUAACGUCGGAUAAAAAGCAUGAUGCGCACCAGCAGGAACAACAUCAACAGGACGAGGAAGUGGGUGCAGGAGCUACGAGUUGUGUUGCGCAUGAGCUGCGUGACGCAACACAAGUUAUUUGCGAAAAGAAUCGACCUUCUUCUCUACUGCCCCCGCGCUGGAAGCUGUUUUCCAGUUCCUUGCUGCUGGUGUACGACAUGGCGGAUCCGGUAAACACCUUCUGGGUCUACCUGAUCGACUUCGCGCACGCGUUCCAGAUCGACAUGAGCAAAUUUGAACUUGACGAGGACAGUGAGGUAGAUAACUGUGCUGAAGAGGGCGCAACUGCAACCCGGGAGAGUGACAAGACGAAAACGGAAGAUGUAGUCGCGGAGAAAAGAACAGCAACAGAGACCAAGCCAGCAAGCAAAGACGAAGCAAGCUGCAAGACCUCCAAGGACAAAAAAUGCUCCAAAAAUGCAGAAAAAGACGACGGCUACCUCUACGGGUUACAGAAUUUAAUUCACUAUGUGAAGCAGAUGCAGCAGCGCGUGCAGAACAAAAAUUUCGGAAAAACGGAAAGCUCCAGUGUGGGAGGAAAUUCCGAUGAGUUUUUGGUGAACAGUCCGCCCGAUAAUCUGAGCUCGGGCGCAGCUGGUGUCGGGGCGUGAGUUCUGAUUUUUGUCCGGUACUUGCUUUGAGUUUACGAAUGGACCUUUGAUGUUGCAUCUCCUGAUUCUAACUACAAGAGCAGGAAUUUGGAAGAAAAGACAUUCGAAAGAAUCACGACCAUAAACCGAUAGAACCAUAGCACGUAGACACAUCCUCAACACUAAACCAAAAUUACAACAACUCUCGUAUGAUGAUGCAAGGAACAAGACGAAGCUAGACACCACGGCGCAAGAAAAGAGAAGAAGAAAAGUGAUUUCAGAGUUGUACUCGCAGCGUUUUUCAUUUUCCUUAAGAAGUCUGCAUGGGCAUCCUGUACAUCUCUCUCUCACUCUGCAAAAAGAAAGCCUAUGACCGCGAUCACAAUACAAAAACGAUGAGCUCGCCUUGCAGCGUCUAUUUCAAACUCGAAAUGCGUUGCCUAUCCCGAAUGUAAAGGUAAAACAUUCUUUCAAGCUGUCGUUUUGGCAGCACUAUUUCCACUACGAUUUCCGCACCUGUGGCGUACUGAGGCGACGCAGCGAGG